AUGCCUAUCAGCUCGACUGGGAGAGUCGCGAACAUCUUGACCGGACUUUGUGUUAGGUCGACUGGUGAUAGUAAGAAGAGAGAAGAAGAGGCCACAGGCGGUAGAAAAGAGAGACCAUGGGCCUUCAUACACAUAUUGGCCGGAAAGGCCAACUCCCAGGGUACAAUCUGCAAGGUCACGGCUGAGGCUGACGCCGCUCAGGUCCUUGCGGACCGUACCAUUGCCCACGCUGCUCGCUUUACCACGCGCGUCGCCACCAUCCGUGCUCAGUUCUUAGGGAUUCUCAAUGUCAGCAGGAUUGAACAAGCCCGGAAAUUGCCAUCGGACAAAUUGAUCGCCGCCAAUGCGUACCAAGUCGCAACCAAGUCGCGUCCAAGUCUCAGUGGGGACAAUUCACCUACGACUCAACCAAUUGACGGUUGGACCGCAAACUGCCCUCCGUACGACAGCUCACUUCGCUUACUUCUGAACAAGAUGUCCCUUUCCCCGCACGAAGCUGCUCUGCAGGGUUUCGAGACGUUGCUUUUUAGUGGUAUUAGACCAAUGGAGCUUUACCGUGCUGUACAACUCUUGAGAUCUACCCCGGCCACUAGAGGGGGAGCUGUGAGCACUGCCCUCAGAGUUCAACAUUGCUUCCGACAACCUCACUAG